AUGGCGCCGGCGUUCCUGAAUUUUAAAGAAUUUCGAAGACGAUCCCGCGCCAGCUUCCGCACCGAUCAAUCCACCGAUGUCUCGAGUUACGACGAACGGCGUAGCCAGAACGCCGCUUCCACCAACGGCUCCAUUACGCCGCCCUCUAUCUCGGCCCAGUCCGAUCCUGCACUCAGUAGCCAGUCCAAGGACCAACUGCAACCUCCCCCCGUUCCCGGCAACCGACCACCUCCCAGUAGCAGCCGGUACAGUGUCUCGGGUAUGACCGGAAUAGGCUCUCCCAGCCUGAAUGGCAAGUCUUCAUUGCCAGUGUCGCAAUAUGCUCCUCGCAUUACCAACUUGGGGGAAAAUACUUGGGUCUCCCAGAAGAUUCUCCUCGUCAACGGGACAGUCGGGGAAGCGCAGCAGAACUCGCUCGAAGGAAAUGUCAUCGUAUGUAGACUAGAUGACGGGUUCCCUCCCACGUAUUGGCCGGUAUGCGACUCGCAGUUCAAGGCUCUAGUGUAUCUCAUGCCCGGGCCCAACAAGCUUCGUUUCGACUUUUCGAGUCCGAAGCUCGCCAACAGCGGCUCCUCCAACCCGAUCCAUUCCACCUACAUUACGGUGCACAUGGUGCCUCCUACGAAUUCGCCUCCGCUGCAACUCGCCAUAUUGGUGGCCAAGGAUUCCCCGGGGGUCUUCGAUGCCGUUCCCGCUCGGGUCGCGAGAGAGGGCAAUAACCUGGAAACGGCUAUCCGCAAGUUUCGAAUCGCCGCUUACCUGUGGCAGGCGUUUACCGCCGAACAGAUGUGGAGGAACAAGUUUGGGCGGCGAGUGUUCAGAUUUGAAGAGGAAUGGACCACGGGCACCAGCAACUAUCGGGAUCGGGAGCUAGGUACCAUGCGAUCAGAGGCACGGAUUCACGUUAUCCGAUCGGACAAGACCUUGGCCGAAAUUCGAGAUCUCGAGCGGGCGCAGCAGAACCCCAAGGCGACAAAGCAGGGCGAGCUCUUCAGUAUCGCCGCCGACGCCGUGAAGAAUUACUUCAAGUCCCUGCCGGGGCAGACUCAGUACGUCUCAGUCCUCAUCCUGGACUCUCAUUGGGAUACGGCCUCGAAGACGAUCACCGGCCACGCAGCCUUGGGCGGUAAUUCCGGUGAUCUCCACCUGGGCAUUUUCGGAUCACAUUGUCUGCAGAGUUACCCGACCAGCUUCGAAGAGGUGGUACCAGCGUUCACCGACUGCACGCCCACCGAUACUAACUUUGUCGCCAAUGACUGCAACGAAUGCGGAAGCUCUUGGGAGGCUGCCAAUCUCGGCAUUGGUGCUCAUCUCCACGAAACCGGUCACCUCUUGGGGUGCCCCCAUCAGGAAAACGGUGUCAUGUUGAGGGACUACGUCAGGUUAAAUCGCUCGUUCGUGGCGCAAGAGGCGUAUUCCACUCGAACCAAGUCGAUCGGUGGACCUGUCUCGCAAGCUGGCGAAUGUACCUGGCACCGGCUUGAUUGCUUGCGAUUCCGGAGCCACCCCUGCUUCAGACUCCCUAACGAUCCGGUCUUGAAUUCCGACGCGAGUGUCCAGGCCUGGCCGGUCGAGAACGGGCAGGUUCAGGUCACGGCAGCUACGGGAGUUUCGUUCAUAGAGAUCUAUCCCGAGGGUGACGGCGUCUGUCACACGUGGAUCGAAUAUCCGUUAGAGAACGGCCCGGUACAGCGCAAUAUUAGCCUCACAGAACAAGAGUUGCGGGACAGACUACCAGAAGGAAAGCGGCGAUCGAAGCUGAGAGUGUGUAUCAAAUCCCACGGCGGCGGGGACCUCGAGAUCCGGGACUUUCAUAACCUAUGUUCGAAAGCGUCCUCCUUGAAAUUAGCCUCCGGGAAAUCGGCGUACCGGAGCGACAAGCUUGGUUUCUCGCAGAUGGAGGGAAGCACGCCGCAGGAAUUCAUCUUCACGAGCGCGACGCAGAAGAACCGAGUCCUAUCCCGCAUCGUGUUUUACCACGGCUUUGCUUUGGACGGGCUAGAGUUCUUCUACGAUGACGAUUCCAGUCAGCUUUUCGGGAAGCGCGGGGGAAAACCCGGUGGUGAUACGUUUGAGAUGGAUAUCCGACGUGGCGAGUGCAUAACUGGUUUCUGCGUCCGAUCGGGGGUCUGGAUCGACGCAAUCCAAGUUCUGACGAGCCUCGGGCGGAAGUCGCCUCUCUACGGAAACAUGGCCGGUGGUUCUCUCCAUACGCUGCUCCCGCCGCGCGGGUACACGGUCUGUGGCGUAUCGGGAUCUUGUGCAGCCUGGAUCGACGGCUUCUCCGUCAUUAUCGCUCGAUGAACCGCCCAGGUGUUCUGCGUGAAAACGCCUAGGGGGGGCUUCCCAGAAAGCUUCGGGGCCAAAACCACGGAGGGCUCCCACGACAGCUCCGGGGGGGCGGACGGUGUCCUGCAUUUUACAUCUUUGCUCUAUUAACGGUGUCAUAUCUCGCGGCGUACAGUGGAUUCUCGAAAUAUUUUGAACUUUGGGUUUCGCAUCCAUCUAGCAUACAUAAUCACUAUUACAAUACGGCAUAAUCCCCUAGACCGAAGGG